CGGGAGAUUGAAUGGCCAGUGGAUUUGCCGAUUCAAUGCCCAUUGAGGAAUUCUCCCCAUAUUGCCAUACCCCAGCCAACCUCGACAUGCCGACACCUUUACCCGACCCCAGGGGCCAGGGGCGGCAGCUCGGGUAAGUCAGGGCCCCGCCUGCCGCGCAUGUCGCAUUGGUCCCCUUUUGGCCUCGCCAACCUCUUGGGCCAGGGGAGAGACGAGGAGGAGGCUCUUUAUAGAGUUCGGACGACGCGCCUUUAAUACAAGCAAGGCUUUCUCUCUGCUUGCGUGUCUUGAUAGCUGUACAUUGCCGGUGCAUCUUCACUUCUCUAGCCGUCUACUGUUGUACGAAUUGUAAUCCAUUGUAAGGCAGAGAAGCAAGCCUCGGGCGACUCCACCAGGCGCUUCCAUCGUCACCGUGUCGUGUCUGUACGUCGCAGAACAAAACAAGCCACGUGCCGACACUCCCUACCAACGCGAUGGCUCUCAAUGCUGCGGCUGUCGCGGGCGCCGCCGCAACUACGGCUGGCCUCGCCUAUUUGGACGCCAAGUUCAACAUCCGCAAGGACCUCCGCGUCAUACUCGGUCGUCGGAGGCAGGUUAAAUACCUCGAGCAGGCCCUCAAGGCGGACCGACUUUCUCCCUACUACCUGAUCGAGGAGGUUGUCAGACAGAAGCCCGAUGACGAGGCUAUUUGGUCCCGGGCGGGCUGCUACACGUGGAAGGCAUUCUAUGACCGCGUCAACCAGUUCGCCCAGUGGUUCCUGGCGCAGGGCGUCAAGCAGCAGGACCUGGUGGCCAUCUUCAUGGGCAACUCGCCCGAGUUCGUCAUGGUCUGGGCGGCUCUCACCUCGAUCGGCGCGGCGCCGGCCAUGAUCAACCACAAUCUGGCGUCCAAGCCGCUGGUGCACUGCCUCAAGCUCAGCACUGCCAAGCUGAUGGUGCUGGACGUCCCGCCGGCCACGGAGAAGAACAUGACGGACAUCCAGCCCGAGCUGGACGACAUGGGGAUGCGCAUCGUGAGGCUGGACGACGUGCGGGCCGAGAUCUUCGCCACGGAGCCCAUCAGGCCCGGCGACGAGCACCGGGCCGGUGUCAAGCCCAGCUGGCCGUUUGGGCUGUUCUACACGAGCGGCACGACGGGCCUGCCCAAGGCCUGCGUGUUCCCCAUGGCGGCCGCCUUCUCCAACGGGGUCGCGUCCAUGGCGGGCACCAACCACGUGGACCGGCCGGGCGAGCGCUACUACGACUGCAUGCCCUACUACCACGGCACGGGCGGCAUCAGCAUGAUGACGCAGGUCAUGAACGGCACGACGGUGUGUGUGUCGCCCAAGUUCAGCGUCUCGCGCUUCUGGGACGAGGUGCGCGAGUCGCGGGCCACGUACUUUGUCUACGUGGGCGAGACGCUGCGCUACCUGCUGGCGGCGCCCGAGUCGCCGCGCGACAGGGAGCACAGCGUGCACACCAUAUACGGCAACGGCCUGCGGCCCGACGUGUGGAAGCGGUUCCGCGACCGGUUCGGCAUCGAGUGCAUCUUUGAGUUCUUCAACAGCACCGAGGGCAUGUUCCCGCUCGACAACCCCUGCCGCGGCGACUUUUUGGCCCACUCGGUCGGCCACCACGGCCUCAUCAACCGCUGGAGGUACCACAACGCCUACGUGCCCGUCGCCAUCGACACCGAGACGGGCGAGAUCGCGAGGCACCCCAAGACUGGGUUCGCGUACCGCGUGCCCUACGAGGAUGGCGGCGAGAUCCUCAUCCGGGUUCCGGGGGAGAGGACGUUUGCCGGCUACUUCAACAACCCCGAGGCGACCGAGAAGAAGUACGUCCGGGAUGUGUUUGCGAAGGGAGACUGCUUUUUCCGCACUGGGGAUGCGCUGCGGCGUGACCCGGACGGGAGAUGGUACUUUAUGGACCGCCUUGGCGACACCUUCCGCUGGAAGGGCGAAAACGUGUCGACGGCCGAGGUGGGCGAAGUGCUGGGCAAGUUCCCUGGCAUCGUCGAGGCCAACGUGUACGGCGUGCAGCUCCCCGGGCACGACGGCCGGGCCGGGGCGGCGGCCGUCUACGUGGAGCCGGCCAAGCGGGCGUCGUUCGACUACGCCGGCCUCCUGGCGCACGCGCGGCAGCACCUGCCAAAGUACGCAGUGCCCAUCUUCCUGCGCCACAUCGCCGUCAUCUCGGCGUCGCACAACAACAAGCAGAACAAGAUGCCGCUCAAGCAAGAGGGCGUCGACCCGGACAAGGUCAAGGCUGGCGACGAGAUCUGGUGGAUCGAGGGCCUGGGCAAGGGCCAGACCUACGUGCCCUUUACCCGGGACGACUGGAGCUCGCUGAACUCUGGCAAGGCAAAGCUCUGAGCUGGCCGUGUGCGUUUUUGCCCGUCUCGGGCGUUGGGGAGUACGUCGGUGUGCUGAAUGGUUGCAGUUUGUACGCAACGAGAUAUGGGGGAGCUCGCUACAAAGCCGUUUCCAAGUGUAUGAAUUGCGGCAUACUUCUUCAGAUCCAGAAACAUAGAAUACAUGUAUCCUUGGCCGAUAAAUAUCAAUUAAAUCCAGUAGCAUCCAGCGUCGACAUUUAUG